GUCUUCUGCGAUUGUCCUAGGGCCGUAGGAACUGACUGGGCUGCGACAUUGGGAAGCAGGUGUUAUGGACUGGUGAGACAACGUCAUUGGGAUAAACCGGAAGUACCGGUGCGGGUGCUUCCUCGAGGACGCACCCACAAUCGGUCAAAUCCCAGCAAGAUCUGCCGUCUACCGUUGUCCACUCGCGCCAUUAGAAGCGCCCACAACAGCGAUUCGGUGUCCGAGACUUUCAUCAAGCCGUAGCUUGUCACUUCGGUCGAGCGGAUGCAUGGCGCGGAAGACGUCUGACAACGACUCAGCAACGAUUGAUAGCCUCAGGAAGACAGUUUCUUGGCUAUCGAGCUUUCAAGGACAUACAGUGGGCCGACCUUCGUCAUGCAUUGAUGUAGGCAGCCAGACUUUAGUGUCGCUUCUCCUUGGAUGGUAUAUAAGACAGACUGAACUCCUCGGCAUUACACCUCACAGACUGGCCAUCUUCACCGUCUUCUACCUUCAAACCAUACACAUCCGGCAAGCACCAUGUCGUACUGCGAUCCAAUUAUCAAUGACGGUUCGCGCGACGAUCCAAUUGUCAUUCACGACUCGAGCGAUACGGAGCCAGACGACGGCUGGAUCAGUCAACGUGACUAUUCAGCUCGAACCAUCCGUGCCGGUUCUGAUUUCACGAGAUGGUCCUCUCGCACUGCAUCGGCAACCACAACAGACAGUCUGCGGGAAACCUCGACGUGUCGCACAAGUCUCUCGGCUUCUGCCAGUCCUCCUUCGUCACCCCCCAUACGAUUCAUAUCGCACCGGAUCUCCAGUAGCCCAGAGCCCGCAAGCGAGCCUCAUGAGACCUCACGUCCAUUCGAGCGUGCUAACGAGCGGUCCCCAAUGCUAGACCAUCUAAUGGAUGCGUCGAAGAACACCUCGGCGACUCUCGG